ACGUCUUUCGAUCUUUCAUUCCCCGAGAAAGAAUUUUUACAUUGAAAGUUUAGUACUAGUUUAGUAUCGAGACAAAAAAUAACGAUUUUGACAGAUAGAUUCUGCAGUACAGUCAGUUUUAACGAUGACGAAAUAAAUUGACGGGAGUUGCUGUUCAUUACUUAAAAGUGAUCAAAUCUCUCAAACCACUAAUUUAUGUCGGAGGAAAACUCUCCUAGGCUUUUUAGUAUAUUUAUCAUUAGAAUCAUUAGAUAGAAAAUCAUGCCUGGAGAACCAUCAAUCACCACAAGUACAAAGUCGAGUGGAAAAAUUAAAAGAAUUUCAAUUCCUCGAGUACAAAGCAGCACAGAUACAGAAUUACAAUCUCAACAAAGCGGCUCAACUCCACUUCAACCUAUAGCAUUUCAUACAGUUAGUUUUCGUACAGAAGUUGAAGAAAGUCAAAUACCUUCAGCCCUUCGUACAAGACUAUUAGAUCUGUUUCAGCAAAUAGAAAAAGAAUUCGAAAUGUUGUGUGCAGAAAAUAGCAGCUUGCAAGAUAAAAUAGAAGCCUUAAAUGAGAAGCUUGAAAGAGAAUGUUAUGGAUCAGGUGAACGUAGUUUACCUACUGGAGAUUUCCAAGAUUAUACUGAUAAUAAAAAUCUAUCCAAGCAAAAAUCUAUGAUUGGAAGUUCUGCUCACAAAGUAAAGGCAUCUCACAAACUAAAAGCUCAAACCAGUAAAAUAGUAUCCAGUUUCAAGAAUCCUACAAUGAAUUGUACCAUGCAGAAAGAAUACAGAGGUCACAGAGAUGGUAUAUGGGAAGUUUCAAUUGGUAGAUCGGGUCAACCAAUUAUAGCAACAGCAUCUGCAGAUCAUACAGCAAGAAUAUGGGGUAUAGAUAGUUGUCGCUGUCUAUUACAAUACACUGGGCACAGUGGUUCAGUAAAUUCUGUCCGAUUUCAUCCAACAAAAGACUUGGCCCUGUCAGCAAGUGGUGAUUGUUCUGCUCAUGUGUGGCAAGCAGCUGUUAACUGGGAUUUACCAAAAAGAACAUCAUUGGAAGAUGUUGCAGUUACUGGUGAUAGAGGAGCCAGUGGGUCUGAUAAUCCACCUCCAGAAGAAGAAGCUGCUCCUAUAUUAAGAACUCCAGUUAAAGAACUGUUAGGACAUACAGGUGUUGUUAUAGCAGCUGAUUGGCUUCUUAGUGCUGAACAAAUAGUUACUGCAUCAUGGGAUAGAACUGCAAAUCUAUAUGAUGCCGAAACAGCAGAAAUAAUUCACACAUUAUGUGGCCACGAUCAAGAACUAACUUAUGUUGCAACACAUCAUGCUCAAAGGCUCUGUGUUACUUCUAGUCGAGACAGCACUUUUCGAUUAUGGGACUUCAGAGAGCCCAUUCAUUCAGUAUCAGUCUUUCAAGGACAUACAGAAGCUGUUACAGCAGCAGUAUUUACUAGGGAAGAUAAAAUUGUAUCGGCCUCUGACGACAGGAGCGUCAAAGUUUGGGAAUUGCGCAAUAUUCGAAGUCCACUAGCAACCAUACGUGGAGAUAGUUCAGCAAAUAGACUCUCUGUAUCAAGUGCUGGAAUUAUUUCCAUUCCCCAUGACAACAGGCAAAUUCGUUUAUUUGAUUUAAACGGUCAAAGAUUAGCAAGAUUGCCAAGGACUAGUAGACAGGGUCACAGACGUAUGGUCUGUUCAGUGGCUUGGGCCGAGGAUAGCAGCACCCCAUGCAAUUUGUUCUCGUGUGGUUUUGAUCGUUUGGUACUUGGCUGGAGUAUUUUGCCGGUCAAAGAUGCUUGAGAUACACUUCGC